AGGGGUGGUUGAGCUACGGCGCCGAGGUCUAAGGGGAAUCCCUAUGAGCCCUGCUGCGUGUUAAUUUUGGUUUAAAUCCCGUGGAUUCCUGGAGAGCCUAUAAGGAGCAGGGACUAACUAGUGACUUGGGUUCUUGUUUUUAUUUUAGGUUUAUUUAUUUAUAUAACUUAUACAUUUGGGUGUUGUUCUGUUUGCAUGUACAUCUACACACAGAAGAGGGCAUCGGAUCCUAUAGGACUCGGUUAGACUGUUGUGAGCCACUUUGUGGGUGCUGGGAAUUGAACUCAAGACCUUUGAAAGAGCUACCAGUGUUCUUAACGGCUGUUCACUGUGGCUUGGAUUCUAUUAAACUUCUUGGAGUUAAUAUCAGAUAGACCGGAUAUGAGUAUGAAAUUUAUCCUCGACCACACAUAUCUCAGGGUCACCAGUUGCUUUUAAAUGUAAUUUGAAAUGGCUGACAUGUCUUGAGCAUCUGGGUUUUGACUUUUUGAGAAAAAAAUUACAUGUAGUUCAAACUGUCCACACCCUUGCUACAGGAGGAAUACUCCCGAUCUGAUCUUUCUGUCUCUACUUCCCGAGUGCUGGACCUAUAGGGAUGUGGCUUCAAACCUUGCUUAUGCUGGGGGAUUGAACCCCAAGGCUUCGUGUAUGCUAGGUGAGCCCUCCACUGACUUGCAGCAUCAGCCCAAUGAACGGAUGGUGACUUUGGGUAGGACUGCUAGGCUUCCAGUUAGCGCUCUGGGAGUGUUUUGUCUGGGAUAGGAAAGCUCAGGUUAUACUGUAUGUCAGCUUGCUUGUCCAUCUUUGUUCAUGGUUUACCCACAGCCUGUCUUACUUUUUAUUCAAUUUGGAUUUCUUCUCCCAGCAAGAGACUGACAUGUAGGAACUCAUACAUAUCUAAAAGACAAGCAGGUUAAAAGCUGGUGGUAGGAGAUGGAAUAUGAGGAGCCUAAAUGACUUGUACAAGAGAACCUUCUGAGAUGGCUCAGCUGGUAGGGCGCUUGCUGUCACACCUGAUGACCUGAGUUCAAUCCUCAGACCCUUGACUGUAGAAGUAAACCAGCUCUCCAAAGUUGUCUCUGACCACACGUGUGCUGUGAAUGCCUGCUCUGCCCAAUAAAUAAUAAAUAAAUAAAGUUAAGGGAGAGAACAGCCAGGGCUAGAAUUGAAGUUAGCUGACUUAGGCUGUGAUAGGACCGGGCUUUGAAAGCCGAACAGUGAGAAUGAGAUCUUGUCACUUUGUGUGUGCCCAUCCGUGCUGUCUUCAGCACCUGAGUGCUGCUUUUUCUAAUACUGGUUCUACAUAGGGAAGUGCAAAGCAAAGCAAGGUCCCGGAAAGCACAGUUCACGUCACCAUUUUCAGCUUUCCAGAAUGUCCUGGAUGCCUGUCUGCACAACUCAGUUCCAGACUUCAGGCCUGGUUGAUGGUGACACACGCAGGUUCCCAGCACUUAGGAGCUGGAGGCAGGGACACUGUCACAGUGUGAGGUUAGUCUGGUCUCCAUCUUGAGUUUCAAGACAGCCAAGGCCGUUUCCCAAAACUUAUAACUAAAAUUAAAGCCGGGCGGUGGCGCACGCCUUUAAUCCAGCACUCAGGAAGCAGGGGCAGGUGGGUCUCUGUGAAUUCGAGGCCAACCUGAUCUACAGAGCGAGUUUCAGAACAGCCAGGAUAGUUUACACAGAGAAACCCUGUCUUGAAAAACAAAACAAACAAAAAAUGAAGAAGAAGAGAGAGGGCUCAUGGAGCUUAGGGAUCGAGUACCUGCCCAGCCUGUUCAUGGGCCAGGCUCCUUCUCCCACACUGGGUUUGUGGGGUGGUAAGAGGAGCCCAUCGGGAUGGGGCAGCUCAGUGGUAAAGUGCUUGCUUGGCCCCAGGGCUCCACUCUAACAUGGGAGAAGCAAAAAUGCAUUGUUGGAAGGUAGCUUUAAACAAGAUCGACAGAGUGGAAGUGGGUAGAGCCAUGCAUACCUGAGAUCCAGGACCUUUUAGGUGUGGCAAGGAAUUGAAUAGAGCCAGGCUUCUGGUCUCCCUUACUCUGGCUGGGGUGGCCAACAACUCUCAACCUUCACCAGGGCAUCUGAAUUGCUUUUUUUUUUUUUCAAGUCAGGGUUUCUCUGUGGUUUUGGAGCCUGUCCUGGAACUAGCUCUUGUAGACCAGGCUGGCCUCGAACUCACAGAGAUCCGCCUGCCUCUGCUUCCUGAGUGCUGGGAUUAAAGGCGUGCGCCACCACCGUCCAGCCCUGAAUUGCUUUGUGUGCUGUAUGCCAGGCAGUUCAUCACUGUGAUAGAUACCUGAGAAGAACAGCAUGAGAGAGAAAAGGUAGAUUUUGGCUCACAAUGCAGAGGCUCCAUUCUCUGGCUGUUUGGCCUCUCUCUCAUGGCUCCAGGUCUGUGCUGAGGUGGGCAUCCUGGGGGAAAGGUGGGUGUAGGGCAAAUGUGCUCAUUUUAUGUCAGCCAGGAAGCGGGGGGGGGGGCAGAAGGGAGGGAAAGAGACAGGACAGACCCUCCGGAGACAACCCCCCCCAGGUCCUGCUUCCUCCAUUAGAUUAGCUUCCUCGUUUACUCAGUUGUCUCAAUAGUGCCAUUGGCUGGGGACCAAACCUUCAUCAUUUUAUAAUCCUAGCUUGUAGGGUGGGGCCGCGCUCUGAGAAUGUCUCUGUACACUGAAGGAGGUGGUUUGAGCUGCAUCUUGAAGGAUGAGUUUGAACUGGAUGUGGGUCACCUUCUUGACUGCUGGCUGAUGUCCUGGCUAACUCAGUCAUAAUUGGUUGGGUUUCUGAAAAUGGCCUGUGCAGUUUUGGGAUGGGGUGGGAGAAGCAUUUUGAAAGUGAGUGAAAUGGCCAGGUACAAGCACUGGUUGUGCGUAGAACUGAGACAGGGUUGUAGUUUAGAAGGCUGCUGCAUUUCUUUCCCUCUUCCAUUCAAACACAACUUUAUGAAGUGGGUAUUAUUAUCCUUAACAUUCAGAUGUGAAAAGCGGAGGUUCUGGCCGUGGCUGCAUAGCUUCAAAGAGUCUGUUCAGAGUCUGAUAAUCAACCUGUUCACCUCUGAGGAUUCUUGAGUGUGGGAAAGAAGCUGGGCCGGGGUUAGGGGCUUGUAGAAUUAGUGGGGUGGCUGAUCAGGUGUGGGUGGUUAAGAGCGUGGCUUUGCGUCAGAUUAUGUGGGUUCAAAUCCCAACUUCAUUACCUGGUAACUGUGACCCUCAGCAACCUGCUGGAUCUUGUUAAGCCUCAGUCUCCUGGCUUGCAACAUGGGAGCAAUAUUACCUACCUCAUGGGGUUGUUAUGAAGAUCAAUGGGGCGUACCUGGUGGAGAGCAAUUGCUUACCACCUGGAAGCUGCUCUAAUUAGCCCUCCCAAGUCUCUGGGCUGUGACUAUGCACCUGCAUCUCAUUCGUCAGUGCAACAUUUCCAGGACAUGCUCAUCCUGGACAGACUGGCUUGUUACAGAUGUCAUUGGAGAAAAAGGGUGCCAGGAGAUGUGUCCUGAAUCCCAGCGCCUAAGAAAUGGAGGUAACAGUGGCAUGGCUGUGUCCCCGACUUUCCUGCCUGGGCCAACCCAUGAACCUGCAGGUGCUUUGAUGGAGCCUCUGCCUUGCGCUCCAAGCUUGACUGAGGGCUUCUUGGAGGAGGAGCUUCAGCUCAAUGCCGAGCUUCACCAGCUGCAGUUUCCAGAGCCUGUACCUUUUGGGGAAGUGAAUGUGGUCCGGGACUGGUUGGGCAUUGGGGGCUCUGUGCUGACCCCUCCCCAAGAGCACCCUAAGCGACCAGUGUUGGGACUGGAGUGCACACAGUCAGAGGUGAGCGGAGCCCGAUUCUGGGGCCUUUUCCGGGCCCUCUGUGGACAGCCCCAAGUCUUCUUCCGGCAUUGCUUUGUCCACAAUCUGUGUCCUCUGCUCUUCUUGGCUCCCAGUGGACGAAACCUCACCCCCGCUGAUCUGCCGGCCAAGCAGCGGGAGCAGCUACUGGCGAUCUGCGAAGCAGCCCUGUGCAGGCAGGUGCAGCGGCUAGGGGUGCGGCUGGUAGUGGGAGUGGGGCGGCUGGCAGAACAGCGGGCUCGAAGAGCUCUAGCUGGACUGGCUCCAGAGGUGCAGGUGGAGGGGCUCCUGCAUCCCUCUCCGCGAAGCCCACAGGCCAACAAGGGCUGGGAGGCGGCAGCCAGGGAAAGACUCCAAGAGUUGGGGCUCCUACCUCUGCUUACGAGUGAGUGUUCAGCCAGGCCUAGCACACUUUAGAGAUCACCUUGUACGCAGGCUUUGCCGGGCUCCCUGUUGGAGGAAUCACUCUGGGCUUUUGUCUAAUCCUGAGCGCAGGGUGGGCAGCUCUCCUCCCUUGAGCCUCACCCUUUUGUCUCCAGUGGCUUGUUCUGUUCAGUGUCCACAGAGGGGGCCUCUGCACUCGCUGGCCACACCAUUUCCUUGGGGACCUCUGUGUGCAGAGGGUCCUUGAUAGGGAUGUCUGGGGUCAUAUUUGAACUUUUGGAGGAAAGAUAAUUUUAAUCUUUCCUGUUUUGUUUUUAUUGGCAUUGUUUUUGGCACUGCCUCAUACACACUAGGAAAGCUCACACUGAUCUACCUCAGACUUUUUGACACUAAUUGUACGUAUUAGUGGGGUUCAGUGUGAUGUUUCCACACAUGCAUUAAGUGUGAUCGAUUGAGUCUGACCUCUCUUAAUCUGUCCUUUCCACAGCUCCCCCUCCCCAACCAGAGGGCAAUCUUUGAUCCCUACUCAUCCUUACAGAACACUUGCCUCUAGCCGGCUUCUCUCCUCUCCUCCCAGGGACCAGGACAGACAUCACAUUGAGAAUGAGCUUCUGAGCCAGGUGUCCUG